CGACCGAUUGAUUGAUGUGUGAUGCCUCACUAGCUGUGGCAAAUCUCAUCAGCAACAGAGACGGCUGGUGUGACACCUUGUGAAAACGCUCGCUCGCCGCUCCGUCUCUCUCCCUCCUCCCUCCAUUCUUUCCUUUGCCGCUUGCUGCUGUCUCCCUCCUCGUCCUCAUCAGUCUCCACCACCCUGCUUCCUUCUUUCUCCUCCUCAGAGAGAGAGAAAGAGAGAGAGAAACUACAAGGAACCGAGAGAGGUAUGGAGCGGCGGAGGAAGGCAAUGUGGCUGUACCCCAAGGUGGUCGGCUUCAACCCGCCGGAGAGGUGGGGCCACUCCGCCUGCUUCUUCGAAGGCGUCGUCUACGUCUUCGGGGGAUGCUGCGGCGGCCUGCACUUCAGCGACGUGCUGACGCUCAACGUGGAGACCAUGGCGUGGAGCUCCCUGGCCACGACGGGGCAGCGCCCGGGCACGCGGGACAGCCACGGCGCCGCGCUGGUGGGCCACCGGAUGCUCGUCUUCGGGGGCACCAACGGCGGCAAGAAGGUGAACGACCUGCACGUGCUGGACCUACGCACCAGGGAGUGGACCCGCCCGCAGUGCAAGGGCGCGCCGCCGUCGCCGCGGGAGAGCCACACCGUCACCGUCGUCGGGGGCGACCGACUCGUCGUCUUCGGCGGGAGCGGGGAAGGGGAGGGCAACUACCUCAGCGACGUGCACGUGCUGGACGUGCCCACCAUGACGUGGUCCACGCCGGAGGUCAAGGCGCCGCCCGCGCCCAGGGACAGCCACAGCGCCGUGGCCGUCGGCAGCAGGCUCUUCGUCUUCGGCGGGGACUGCGGCGACCGGUACCACGGCGAGGUGGACGUGCUCGACGUCGACACCAUGACGUGGUCAAGGUUUCCGGUUAAGGGUGCGUCGCCUGGUGUCAGAGCAGGUCAUGCAGCUAUGAGUGUUGGUUCUAAGGUCUAUAUUAUUGGAGGAGUUGGUGACAAGCAAUACUACAGCGAUGUCUGGGUUCUUGAUGUCACAAACCGUUCGUGGAGUCAGCUUGAAGUAUGCGGGCAGCAACCGCAGGGACGGUUUUCUCAUACCGCAGUAGUCAUGAAUACUGACAUUGCAGUCUAUGGAGGAUGUGGUGAAGAUGAACGUCCCCUGAAUGAGCUUCUCAUUCUGCAAUUGGGUUCUGAGCAUCCAAAUGGCCGUUACAACAUUUCAAUGUGCAAGGUUCUUAGCAACCAUUGGAGCCAAGAGAAGAGGAAAUUUCUCAGAUCAGAAACUAAAGAUGCUAGUGUGAGCAAUGGAAAAAUGGUUCAGAAACCUCGAGAAGCAGAAAUCGAGCAAAGAAAUCCAUUCCUGCGUGGCCUAGAGAAUGGCCGUGCGAAACGAAGGAAAACCGGUGAAGUUCGCCCAAAUGAGCCUGAAUCAGAGCAAGAGGAGCACUCACUGUCUCUCUCCCAGCAUUCGUCGCCGUCACAGUCAGAUCAAGAGCAGAAUGGAGCUCACAAACUCUCAGCCUCUCCCAACACAUCGAUUUCAGCCCUGCAACCAUUUGUUCGUCUCAAGGCUAAUGGCACUCUGAGGGCUCCUGGACCCGGAGGCAUUUCUUCAAGGCCUCUGAAGACGGACCAGUUUCUCCGCACCAUCGCACCACAACAUCGGCAGGAAGUGCAGUUCCUUUCCUCCGAUCAUAAGCCUCAGCCCCGACCUCCUGGCCCACCCCUUAUUGGCGCCGAGGUUCAUGGGACAGUCGAUGGAGCUUUCGAUUCUGGAUACCUCAUGACCGCCGUCGUGAAUGGGCAGCUCUUCAGGGGCGUUCUAUUUGCUCCUGGGCCUGGAGUCACAGCUCCGAGACCGACGGUGCAUCACCAGAUCCUGACGAGCUCAGCCGUGCCUCCCCAGCAACAACGGCCACUGCUGGCGCACGCCAUCCCUGUCCACACCCGGCCGGUGCCGCAGGCAACCGGCUUCGUGCUGCCGGACUGUGCCCACCACGCGAGGCAAGGGUUCCCGGCAAAGGCCGUCAAGUCGGAGCCGGAGCGAGGCAGCAGCGACCUGCACGAUGUUGUGCUCACGCUGGGAGGGCCUGGAGGGGGCAAGUGAGCCCCUCAGCCUCACGGAAGGCCUCAAGAACGGUCGUGGUCCUGGCCUACUACUGCUGUUUGCCUCUUCUCUUGGAUUGCUCUGUAAAUUAGAUGUUCUGGUUGAGGGAAAAAUAAGAGUAGUAGUUUUCUGUCAUCUUUCCCGGGUGAUUCUAGGGUUCCUUAACCUGUGACUUUACAUAUAUGAAUAUAGUGUUAGCUUCAUGCAGCUAGUUUUGUUUUCAGCAGUUGGUGUGACGUGUUAGUAUUUUCUGAUGACACUACACGAAUCGGCUUCAGCCUCUUGGAAAGGAACACUUUGCUUGAAUUUCAUCGA